AUGGCUGAUCAAAAGCUGAAGAAAGGAGUCAAGACUGAAAACAACAACCAUAUUAAUUUGAAGGUGACAGGGCAAGAUGGUUUGGUGUUGCAAUUUAAGAUUAAGAGGCACACACCACUUAGUAAACUAAUGAAAGCCUAUUGUGAACAAAAGGAUACACCUGCACAGUUGGAAAUGGAGGAUGAAGAUACAUUUGAUGUAUUCCAGUAG